UGUUUGAGCCAAUCACAAUGAUUUGCCUUUUAAGUCUACAAAUGUUUGUGUAUCUGUCAGCCUGAGACCAAAUUUUCCAUUUGGUGUGAAGACAUCAGCCGUGAAACACGACACUGUUCUACCACAAUGAUCAGGAGACUGUUCGCUUUGUGUCUUCUUCGUGCAGUAUCUCUGAUUCAAACUUCAGAGAGUCCUCAACAGAUCUCCUGGACUGUGGCUGAAGUUGGUGGUUCUGUCAGUUUGUCAUGUCCACUCCCCAAAAACAUGAUAAGAUUUUUUGUCUGGUAUAAACAGACUCCUGGAUUUAUAACUGAAACAGUUGUUGAAGGAACGUACGGCAAAAUAACACUGAGGGCACAAUUUAAUAAUUCACAGUUCAGACUGACUGAAGGAGUUGGCAACUAUUUUCUAACCAUCAACAAUGUCAGCAAAGAGGAUGCAGCGUCUUAUUUAUGUAUAAGUGUGACAUAUGGAGACAUGAAGAUUAGCAGCACAUUUUUGGCUGUGAAUGAUUACAGGAUGAAAUCUUUCUCUGUAAAACAAAACCCAGAGACUGAGUCGGUCCAUCUGGGUUCCUCAGUAAACCUCCAGUGUUCACUUCUCUCCAAGAACAAAGGAAAAAGAAUUCAGUGUCCAGGUGAACGGACUGUGCACUGGUUCAGAGCUGCAUCAGGAGAACCUCAUCCAGGCUACAUUUACUCAGACGGACACACGAGUGCUGAGUGUGAAGAAAGGAGCUGCGUCUACAGUCUGUCCAAAACGAUACAGAACCCCUCUGAUUCUGGGACGUACUACUGUGCUGUGGUCACAUGUGGGAAGAUCCUGUUUGGACAAGGAACUACAAUACAGAUAAGACCAGAACUGGACCUAGUUGUUCUUGUACUUGGAGUGCUGUUGGCCUGCAGUGUGAUUGUGAAUGCUGUUCUUAUUUUCUACAUCAAACAAGGAAAAUUCUGCCCACGUAAAGGAGCAAGAAGUUCUUCCCAUCAACUUGGACAUGAAGAGUCAACUGCUGAUCAAUCAACUGAUCUAGUUGGUGAACUGGAGGCAGAGAGCUACGUAACUCUACGUUUCUCCACAAAACCUGCAAAAAGCAAGAGGAGGAAGACAGAGUCACAACAAGAGUGCACGUAUUCUGCUGUGAGACUUCACCACAGCCAGAACCAAAGCACUUUUUAAGCAGAGCAGCAUCUGCACG